AGAAACACAACUCUUUCAACUGUAAAUAGAAAUUGAAUUUAGAGUUUGAUUAGCAGUAACUAACAACCAAUCAAACUAAACAUGAACUUAAUUCUGUGUCUAUUGGUUCAAUUUAAAGUACACUCGUCACACAAUUUACUUUUAAUCAACCUGAAAAUCUCACGACUUAGGAAUUAAUUAAAUAUUUAGUAGAUAAAAGGUAUUUUCUCAGAGGGAAUGUAUUCACAUUAAGUUUACUGUUCGGCUAUGAAAUAUUCACUUUUAUUAUCGUUGGUUCUGAGUCUUAAUUGUGUCUUUGAAUUGACUUGUUCUCAAUCAAAUGGUCCAAUUGUUAAAACAGAUCGGGGCUUAAUCCAAGGAAUCAAACAGUCAAUCGAUGGAGUCACAAUUAACUCUUACCUGGGGAUUCCUUAUGCGUUACCACCGAUCGGUCCUCGAAGAUAUGAAAGGCCAGUAGAGAUUCGUAAGCCAUUUACCGAUAUCUUUCCGGCCAAAUCAUUUGGAAAUGCCUGUGAACAAAACUUCAUUGAUGCUCAAGAAGAGACACCAGGAUUCAAAUUGAGCGAGAAUUGUUUAUUUUUGAACAUUUGGACUCCGGAAGACGCGUCCGUCGACAAACUGUACCCGGUCUAUGUUAAUAUCCACGGUGCCAACUAUACAUUUGGUUCAGCGGGUGCUGAAGAUACUCGAUGUGACUAUUUAACUGUAUACACAAAUAUUGUCACCGUUAAUAUGAACUAUCGGUUGGGUGCAUUGGGCUAUUCUUAUGGUGGAACUGAUCAAAUUGUCGGUAAUGCUGGAGUCCAUGAUAUCGUUCUAGCAGCUAAUUGGAUAAGGUCAAAUAUCCGAGGUUUCGGAGGUGAUCCAGAGCGAGUCACAAUGACGGGAUUAAGUUCAGGGUCAAUUAUUUUAUCCAGUAUAUUCUUGACACCGACAAUACCUACUGAUUGGUUCAAUAGGAUUGUCUUCAUGAGUGGUGUCGCAGUUGAAGAUAUAACUAUCAAGAGUGUUACCGAUACUUUCAAAGUGACCAAACGUUUAUCGAAAACGCUCAACUGUUCUGAAUACUCAACAUUAAACGACACUUUCAACAUCGAUGAACUAACUUGUCUUAAAAUCGUUCCAGGAAUAACCAUCGCUCAGACUAAAGAAAAUGAAUUAUACCAAGCCGCUUACGGAGAUAAGUACAUUUUCCCCACCCCGCCGAGAGAUCUGAUUAAUUCGAGAAAAUUUCCCAGCGGAUUCAAGAUCAUGGUUGGAACUGAGACCGAUGAAGCUUAUUUGGGGAGAAACAUGAAGACAAGAAAUGUAACCGAGGCCAUUUACAAAUUAUCAGCAUUCUUACAGAGGUUGAAGAUCACCACGAUCGCCGAUGCCAAGAAGUUGGUUGAACGGUACUUUGUUGGUAUUGGAGAACAUGAUGUGGAAAAAAUUCGAAAACGAGUUAUAAGUUUUUUAUCGAAUAUGCAAUUCCAAUGUCCAUCGCUUUUGUAUUCGAUUGCGUUCGCUCAAAACAAAGCGAAUACUAUUUAUUCAUAUCGAAACAAUUACGUUUCGGCUUAUGGUCGAGCUGAAGGACGACCUUUCGGUGCCAAACAUACCGACGAUUUCAGUAUGUUCAUCGGGUUACCUUUUAGACACCGAGAUCGUUAUGACGAUAAGGACAGAGAGGUUAGUUUAUUCAUGAUGAAAGUUCUAGCGAAUUUCGUUAAAGGCAAUGAACCUUUCUGGCCUUCGAUUCAAGUGAACGGCAGUCGAACCGAUGAGAUUGCACUUCCUCGUUGGGAAAUUAAAAACAACUCGACAUUAACCAAUGUCGAUUUCGAUACUGAUAAAGAUAUUUGUCUUCUUUGGGCUAAGUACCUUAAACUAAAUGUUUAAUUGUACAGUUUAGCUGAAAAGUUGAUUGUAUUUGGUUGAUUCUCAAUAAAAUCACCAAAAUUAAAACAAACUACGAAAUAAACAAAAUUAUAAAAACAAAA